AUGCAUAAUGUUUCACAGAUUGUUGGCUCAAGGCUCUAUGCGACAGUAGAUUUAGACAAGGCCAGGGUUGGGAGGACCAGGAUAGUGACUCGUAACAUAUCCAACCCUCACUGGAACGAGCAUUUUCGAAUCUACUGUGCACACAAGAUCUCCGAAAUUAUAUUCACAGUUAAAGAUGACAAUACUCUAGGGGCAACAUUAAUUGGAAGAGCACAUUUGCCAGUGAAGGAAAUCAUCAAUGGCAAGAGGUGGAUACAUGGAUAA